AAAAAAAAAAUUAAAAAAUAGAUCUCGUCUCUCUCGUGUUCCACAUGAUAUAUAGUACCAUGCUUACUCCUAAAUUAUUGCUUUACAGAUAGCAAUCUGCCAUUCGAUCUCAAUUACAGGCAACAAUCCGGUGGUGCUCAUUCCAUGCACGUCCUCUUCUUCUUGUAUAUCCCCACAACAUUUAUGUAAUUUCCUAUACACAAAUUAGUUCAAGACCCCAUUUUUAUACUUUUUUUUUCAAUCACAAAAAGGGUCCAAAAUGGUUAUUGAUAGUUGUAUUUGAUCCGCAUCCGCCCGAAAGAAUAAUCUUUCUGGGGCUUGAGCCGUGAAGGGAAAAAUAUUUAUCAAGAUGACCUCACUGGGUAACUAUACCACUGGCGGCACAAAUGGACAUUCAAAUAUCAUUAGACAUGAAAAAUGUGAUGCCUAUUUACUUAUCCAUCUAGAAACUGUUCUUGGCGAAGGCUUUCGAACUUUCUUGUACUGUUUGGGGCUUGCCUAUUGUUUUAUUGGAUUGUCAGCUAUAACUGCUCGGUUUUUCCGGUCCAUGGAAAGUGUUGUUAAGCAUAGUCGAUCUGUAGAGACGAUAGAUCCUCUCACAAACACGAAAAUUGUCAAAAAUGAAAAGGUGUGGAAUUACACAAUUGCAGACAUCACUCUACUGGCAUUUGGGACAAGCUUUCCACAGAUCUCAUUAGCUACAAUUGAUGCGAUACGAAAUAUUGGAAAUUUAUACGCUGGAGGUUUAGGUCCGGGAACCCUUGUUGGUUCUGCUGCUUUCGAUCUAUUUCCAAUUCAUGCUGUUUGCGUGGUGGUUCCUAAAGCUGGAGAAUUGAAGAAGAUAUCAGAUAUUGGAGUCUGGCUUGUUGAGCUCUUUUGGUCUUUUUGGGCCUACAUCUGGCUGUAUAUAAUUUUAGAGGUGUGGACCCCAAACAUUGUAACUUUGUGGGAGUCUAUCUUAACAGUGUUGCAAUUUGGGCUAUUGCUGAUACAUGCCUAUGCACAGGACAAACGUUGGCCCUAUUUGUCCCUACGUCUAGAAAGAGCUGAGAGGCCAGAGGAGUGGGUGCCCGCUGAGGUUGUUAAAUAUAGGCCUCUUGACAAGGUUCAUGAUCCACACUCGGAAGUAUCUCAAGUUGGUGAAGAAGAAAAUAGCGGAAUUGUUGAUAUUUUUUCCAUUCAUUCAGGAGAGGGGACAGGUCAUUUUUAUCGAAACUUAGCAGGUGAAGAUGUCACUGAACCGUCCACACCGAAGAGUGGCAAUAUCAUUCCUGAAGAAUCUGAUAUCCUCUCAAUUUGGAAGCAUCAAUUUGUGGAUGCUCUCAUGUUGGGAAGUACGGAAUCCAGAAAAUUGAAUAAUAUAUACCUACGCGUUGCAAGAAUUUUCUGGCAGUGGCUUCUUCUACCGUGGAAGCUUCUUUUUGCGCUUGUGCCACCGUAUCAGAUUGCCCAUGGGUGGAUUGCUUUCAUAUGCUCUUUGAUAUUCAUCAGUGGAAUAGCUUAUGUCGUGACAAAGAUCACAGAUUUGAUAAGCUGUGUUACAGGAAUAAAUCCUUAUGUAAUUGCGUUCACAGCUUUGGCAAGUGGAACCUCAUGGCCUGAUCUCGUGGCCAGCAAAAUUGCUGCAGAACGACAGCUUACAGCCGACUCUGCCAUUGCUAACAUUACCUGCAGCAAUUCGGUGAACAUCUAUAUAGGCAUCGGCGUACCCUGGCUAAUUGAUACACUGUACAAUUACAUCGCAUACAAGGAGCCAUUGCGAAUAGACAAUGCAGAAGGACUAAGUUUCUCUCUGCUUGUUUUCUUCUCCACUUCUGUAGCCUGCAUCGGUGUUUUGGUGUUUAGACGUCUAACUAUAGGUGCUGAGCUUGGCGGGCCAAGAGUUUGGGCAUGGGUGACUUGCAUGUUCUUCAUGUUGUUAUGGCUUAUAUUUGUUGUGCUAUCUUCUCUCAGAGUUUCUGGUAUCAUAUAACAAUCUCAGUCCAAAUCAUUCAUGGAAAAGGGUAAUUUUUAUACUCGUUGUAUUGAUCAAUGGAUAUUGGACUGAGAUGGGUUUAAAUGGAAGCGAUGUGGACAGUGAGUAUUUAUAUGGUCUAUUCUGACUCACUUGGGAUCGAUAGUAGUUGUUAUUGUCGUAGGUGGAUAUUGGACUGAAACGGGCUUAAAUGGAGCGAUAUGGACAAUGAAAUUUUUUAUGGUCGAUUUCAACUUACUUGGAAUCAAUAGUAGUUGUUAUUGUUGUAUUGUAAUGAUUGAUGUAAUACUAAAGUUAAGUAUUGAAGUAUUGCAUAUAUUUGUGUACCUAUACACACUUGUGGACUUUAGUAAAGUGUAAAUUUUUUAUACUCAUUGUAUUGAUCGUGAUGGAUAUUGGACCGAGACGAACUUAAAUGAAACAAAUGGACAGUGAAGAUUUAUAUGAUUGAUUUUGACUUGUUUGGGA